GCGAUCUAGCACAGAUAUCUCAGCAGCAGAGCCUGCACGGAUCGCCUGUGAAACACCUCUAGGAUACGGUGGGCCAUCGAUUUAUCUUUCGACCCGGUCAAAGUGUCUUCUCCAAAGAGAUGGCCGGUAUUUUGGCGUGGUUUUGGAACGAGAGGUUCUGGCUCCCUCAUAACGUAACCUGGGCUGACUUAAAAAACACAGAUGAGGCAACAUUCCCGCAAGCCGAGGAUCUUUAUCUGGCGUGUCCUUUAGCCUUCUGCAUCUUUAUGAUACGGCUGGUUUUCGAAAGGUUCAUUGCAAGACCAUGUGCUAUGGGCCUGAAGAUCCAAGCCAAUGGGCCGCAGAAAGCACAACCUAAUGCCAUUUUGGAGAAGGUUUUCACUGCUAUAACCAAGCAUCCAGAUGAGAAGAGGCUGGAGGGCCUGUCCAAGCAGCUGGACUGGGACGUGCGGACCAUCCAGCGCUGGUUCCGACAGCGCCGCAACCAGGAGAAGCCCAGCACUCUGGCCCGCUUCUGUGAAAGCAUGUGGAGAUUUACAUUCUACCUGUACAUAUUUACCUAUGGAGUACGCUUCCUUAAAAAGACUCCGUGGCUGUGGAAUACUAAAGAGUGCUGGUACAACUAUCCUUACCAGCCACUGACUGUGGACAUCCACUAUUACUAUAUUCUGGAGCUGUCUUUCUACCUGUCCCUACUCUUUUCCCAAUUCACAGACAUCAGGAGGAAGGAUUUCCUGAUCAUGUUCCUGCACCACCUGGCAACAAUCUCCCUCAUCACCUUCUCUUAUGUUAACAACAUGGCACGAGUGGGAACAUUGGUCAUGUGUCUCCACGAUGCUGCCGAUGUGCUGAUGGAGGCUGCCAAGAUGGCCAACUACGCCAAGUGCCACGCACUUUGCAACCUCUUGUUCGCCAUGUUUGCAAUUCUCUUCAUAAGCUCCAGGCUGGGAGUCUAUCCUGUCUGGAUUUUAAAUACCACCUUGUUUGAGAGCUGGGAGAUCGUAGGGCCCUACCCAUCCUGGUGGGUGUUCAACCUGCUUCUGAUCCUGCUGCAGCUUCUUCACUCCUUCUGGUCCUACCUCAUAGUGAAGACGGCCUGCCGAGCCAUCUCCAAAGGAAAGGUGGGAAAAUGGAAUCCAUUACAUGUGUCUAAAGACGACCGCAGUGACAUCGAGUCCAGCUCUGAUGAGGAUGACAGUCCUCCAACCAAUCAGAAGCACCAUAGCAAUGCUACUAACGGGACCAACAAAGCUCACGGCACCAACGGGUACCUGACAGGAGCCCCUUGUCCGGACGAACACUGACUAACCCUCUGAUAUCACAACACUGGAGCCAAGCUACAGACACCAUCCAUAAAUCUGUGUGUGCGCGUAUUUGAGUGUGUGAUGGAGACAUGAACAACAUUGCUUUUCUGGUACUGGAAGUUCUUGAUAGAAUUAUGUCAAUGCAGUUUUGUUAUUGAUUUGAUUAUUUACUUUUUUUUUUCUCUUGCAAUUUAUUCUCUUUAUCUAUAUAUUUGCAUCAAACUGCACUCAAUGAAAUA